UGAAGGGAGGAGACCCGGGACGCUCAGCCCCUCCGAGGAGGCGAUGACGGGGAGGAGGGCACGGAGAGCUCGGAGUGGCGCCCGAGCCGCCGCUUGCUGGGCGCUGUGUCCCGCCCCGCGGGGAGGCGGCCGAGGUGCCCCUGUUCCCGAAGUUUGUUCCCGACCGGGCGGCGCGGGGUCCCUGCGUGGCUCCGGCUGCGGGGGCAGCGCCGGGAGCGCCUCCUGCUCCCGAGGCCAGGGGUUGCGGGCAGGGCCAGCCCGCACCGGGGAAAUCGGCCCUGGGAUCGGGAACAGCUUCGUGGAACAGCCGAGCACAGUGCGAGCACUCGUGCUUGUGUCCGGGCAGCGCCGCGCUGACGGGGUGUUCUGCUCUGGGCGGGGGAAAGCUUUUGCUGUAAGUGUAAUUUCUGAAGAUGCUGAAGAUGAGACUGAACAACCAGUGCUGCAGAACUCUGAAAAAAGUAGAACAAUUAGUAAAAUAGGCAGAGAAUUAAAAGGAAUUGUAUUUGUCAUCCAGAGUCAAAGUAAUUCUUUUCAUUCCAAGAGAGCAGAAGAUCUAAAAAGAGAUAUUUUGGAACAGGCUGUAGAUCUUGGAAAGGAAUUGCCUACAGUUCUGCUUAUUCAUGAGAUCAACAGGCAUGAAGGUGCAUGGACAAUAUUGCCAUUAAUGACAGACUUCUCUGUUACCUAUGGUAGGAACUCCUCGUGGAUUUUCUUCUGUGAAGAAGAUACAAGAAUACGGAUUGUAAAACUGGUAGAAACACUCAGAAGAUUUGACAAGUCUAAGGAGUGGUUUUUAGGUAAAGCAUUAUAUGAUGAAGAAUCUACAAUAAUUCACCAUUAUGCCUUUGCGGAAAAUCCUACAGUCUUUAAGUUUCCAGAUUUUGCUGCUGGCUGGGCACUUAGCAUUCCACUUGUUAACAAGCUUGCAAAGAAGUUGAAGAUUGAACCACUCAAAUCAGACUUUACAAUAGAUUUAAAGCAUGAGAUUGCCCUGUACAUUUGGCACAAAGGGGAAGGACCACAUCUUACUCCAGUGCCCGAGUUCUGCACAGAUGAUGUGAAUUCAUUUAAGGCUGAUCACUGUGCAACAACAUUCAGUAACUUUCUGCCACUUUGUGGAGAGCCAGUGAAUAAGGAAGAUGUUUUUGUUGCUGUAAAAACAUGUCGAAAAUUUCAUGGUGACAGAAUACCUGUUGUGAAGCAGACUUGGGAAAGAGAAGCUGCCCUUAUUGAAUACUACAGUGAUUAUGCAGACAUCUCCAUUCCUACUAUAGACUUAGGUGUACCUAACACUGAGAGAGGUCACUGUGGGAAAACUUUUGCCAUUUUGGAAAGGUUUUUGAAUCAUACUUCUCCCAGAACCCCUUGGUUGGUUGUAGUGGAUGAUGACACACUGAUAAGUAUAUUCAGGCUCCGAAAAUUGCUCAGCUGCUAUGACCCAAAUGAACCAGUAUUCCUUGGAGAGCGUUACGGCUACGGCUUGGGAACAGGAGGAUACAGUUAUAUCACUGGUGGAGGAGGGAUGGUUUUCAGCAGAACAGCUGUUCAGAAACUACUUGCUAGCAAAUGCCGGUGUUACAGCAUGGAUGCACCCGAUGAUAUGGUCCUUGGGAUGUGUUUCAGUGGCUUAGGAAUCCCUAUAACACACAGUCCACUCUUUCAUCAGGCAAGGCCAAUGGACUACCCAAAAGACUACCUUUCUCACCAAAUUCCAGUAUCGUUUCACAAGCACUGGAAUAUCGAUCCAGUGAAGGUGUAUUUCACGUGGCUGGCACCAAAUACAGGAGAGUCACGUAAUGGAAAAAAAGUUGGAUAUAACAGAGAGGAUUUAUGAGCAGUGGAAGAAUAUAAGUGUUAAUUACUAUUCUACAGCUGAGAGACAGUCACUACUGUGGUCUUUGUUUUGUUUUCACAUUGUUCAUUUGUUCAUUGCAUAAGAUGACAGUGUUUUGUUCCUGUUGGUUGCAUCCCUUCGGAACAAUGAAGAAGGCACUUAAAUGACUUGUGCAUUAUUUUCCUCCACUUGUUUUCUUUUUAGAAUGAUGGUUGGGCUUUGUAUACCAAUGAACUUGACUCACAUUUAAGAGUCAUACACAACUUUACCUGUGUUCUGCUUUGGACUCGGUUCGGACAGCAUCAAUUUACAUUUCCUUCCUUUGCUUUCUCAAAAGCUGAAUUUUUGUAUUUGGGAGCCUAAUAUUGAAUAAGAGUUGAACAUCUGUUAAACAUCUCUCACUGACACAAAACAGUUCUCUAAGGUUUUGGAACAGUUUCUUGAUAAAUCAUAGAGGACACUUGACUUUUUUUCUGCAACCAGGAGCUAGAUGGUGUGAAAGCUGUACUCCUUUAUGCUCAUUUCAGACAGAAGUACUGUCAUUUGCUGGAGUAGCUGGACCAGAUAUGAAACCACUGUUGUACCUUUAAAGUUUGUUGGCAUUUGUGUGUAAUGUCAUGUACAAAAUGGAAAGGUUAAGGACAGGGAUCUUAGAUGGCCACGGGAGGUCACUGUGGCUCCUUUAGAAACUGAAGUCACUGUACAUCAAUUUGGCAAAUCUAAAAGUGACUCUUAAGGAUUUUUGCAGAACUAACAUUUCAGUAUUUCUGAUGUGUGCAUUUGAAUAGCCUAUGAAUGCCAGCUUUAAAAUUUUGUAGUAUCCCUAAUUUAUAUCGCCAAGAUAAAUAAUUUUAUGCAUACAACAUGUAAAGUGUGAAUCAUAUUUAAAACAUUCUUGAUUUUUUUUUUUAGUAAUUAAGUUUUGUAAAAAUGUUUGUACAAAAACUGGCUUUAGUAUGUUCUAAACUUAUUUUUAUAUUGUAAAACUGCUUCUUUUAAAAUGACAAUAUAUGGCACUUGUAUGCUGUUAUUUCACUUGGCUUGCUAUGUCGUAACCAAAUACAGGGUCUUAAAGCCAUACUGCUGAAGUAAUUAGUGUUUUGGUUUCUUUUAGUAGGUUAAAAAUUUAUUCCACUCCAAAGAAAAGCAAUACUUGCUCUAGAGUCAAAGUAGGGGAGCCACUGAUUCCUGUCUCGGUAAUUACCAAAUUUGUAUAAACGUUUGUUUGUAAAUGUAGCUUGUGGGUUUCUAAGCAUUGAAUAGCAAGCACAUAUUCAUAAUAGAUUCAAAUUCUGAUUAAGAAAUAGCAAUCCAUGUUAUGCCUUUUUUUCUUCACACUACCAGUGCCUUAAACAGUAGACAUUUUACUGAUACCAGGAUUAUGUUCUCUGAUACUGUUGGUGAAUUGUUAAUUAUGUUUACUGUUUAGAACUGUGAAAGCUGAAUAAAAGCAUUCUUUAACCUUU